AUCACAUGGAAAAUAUUUAUGGCUAUUUAAUGAAAUACACCAAUCUUGUCACUGGUUGGCAAUAUCGAUUUUUUGUUUUAAACAAUGAUGCUGGCCUGCUGGAGUACUUUGUGAAUGAGCAGUCUAGACAUCUAAAGCCCAGGGGUACCCUGCAGCUAGCUGGAGCUGUAAUUUCACCCAGUGAUGAAGACUCUCACACCUUUACCGUCAAUGCUGCCAGUGGGGAGCAGUAUAAACUAAGAGCUACUGAUGCUAAAGAACGGCAACACUGGGUUAGCAGGCUACAGAUAUGCACACAGCAUCAUACGGAAGCUAUUGGAAAGAACAACCCUCCUCUGAAAUCUCGCAGCUUUUCUCUUGCAUCCCAAGGAAGUGCCAACUCUCCUGGCGUGCAAAGACGACCCAGUCAAAAUGCAGUUUCCUUUUUCAGUGUUGGACAUCACAGAUUGCCAACUGGAAAAAGAGUUCCUAUUAUGCAGCCAGAUCACCUUGUAGAUGUUAGAGAGAUGAUGUCUCAGGCUGAGGGCCAGCAGAGAGACUUGAUCAGGAGCAUAGAAUGCCUUCCUGUCUCUGGUCACCUUACAUCCUUGGAUCAAGACCUGUUAAUGCUGAAAGCAACUUCCAUGGCAACCAUGAACUGCUUAAAUGACUGUUUCCAUAUUCUCCAGUUACAACAUGCUUCUCAACAAAAGGGAUCCUUACCAGCAGGAACGACGAUCAGUUGGUUGGAACCGAAGAUAUCUCUGGCAAACCACUUCAAAAAUGGAGCGGCUCAGAAUUUCCCAGCAGAGAUAAACAAGCCGGCAUCUGUCAGAGAAGAGCAGUCCAUUGCAGAGGCCUGCCAGCUAACAAGGGAACCUGAAGAAAUAAAUCCAGAUGAGGAGCUGGAGGAUAUCUGUGAUGAUAAAGAAGAUGAUCUAGGAGCAGUAGAAGAACAGCGCAGCGUUAUCUUGCAUCUCUUGUCUCAGCUGAAACUGGGCAUGGACUUAACAAGAGUGGUUCUUCCCACUUUUAUUUUAGAGAAGCGGUCGUUGUUGGAGAUGUAUGCGGACUUCAUGUCCCAUCCUGAUCUCUUCAUUGCAAUCACAAAUGGCACUUCCCCUGAGGAGAGGAUGAUCCGCUUUGUUGAGUAUUAUCUCACUUCAUUUCAUGAAGGUCGCAAAGGAGCUAUUGCAAAGAAACCAUACAAUCCAAUCAUUGGGGAAACGUUCCAUUGCUCCUGGAGGAUGCCGAAGAGCGACGUAGCCACUGAUGCUGGCAGUAACUUCUCUGCUCACUCCCCUUCAGAGCAAGUAACUCUGUCCAAAGAUCUGGAAAGCCAAACAGAUCUGGACUACUAUACAGUAAAAUUUGUAGCUGAGCAAGUGUCCCACCAUCCUCCUGUCUCAGGGUUUUAUGCUGAAUGUGUAGAGAGAAAGAUGUGUGUCAAUGCCCAUGUCUGGACAAAAAGUAAAUUCUUAGGAAUGUCAAUAGGAGUGACGAUGGUUGGUGAGGGUCUCUUAAGUCUUUUGGAACAUGGGGAAGAAUACACGUUCUCUCUGCCCUGUGCGUAUGCUCGGUCAAUUUUAACUGUUCCCUGGGUAGAACUGGGAGGAAAAGUCAACAUUAACUGUGUGAAGACUGGGUAUUCUGCAAGUAUUAACUUUCACACCAAGCCCUUCUACGGUGGCAAAUUGCAUCGAGUCACAGGUGAAGUGAAGCAGAACAUGACGAACACAGUGGUGUGCAGAGUGCAGGGGGAGUGGAACAGUGUGCUUGAGUUCACCUACAGCAACGGGGAGACAAAAUAUGUGGACUUGACAAAGCUGUCUGUGACAAGAAAACGAGUCCGGCCCCUUGAGAAACAAGGACCAUUUGAAUCUAGGAGGCUGUGGCAGCAUGUAACAGAGUCUCUGCGGGAUGGAGACAUCGAUAAGGCUACAGAGCACAAACGAGCCCUUGAAGAAAGACAGAGGAAUGAAGAGAGGAUUCGUGCUGAAACAGAAGCACCUUGGUGUACUAAAUACUUCCUUAAAGAAGGAGAGGGCUGGGUUUAUCAUAAACCCCUCUGGAAAACAGUCUCUGCUGCACAAACUCAGCAAAUGGACACUAACUAGAAAAGCUGCUUUAAGAUGAGUUUUCUGAUUUUCCUCUCCUUCCCCUCUGUCUCUCAAAACACAGUAAUCACAGUGUCCCCUUUUUAUGUAAUUGUUUAAAUGAGCAUAAGGAAAUAAAUAUACUAGGGCACUUUAAAGCUAUUAAAAAAAAAAAAUCAAAGUUGUAGAGACAAACUUGCCAGGUACAGUCAACCAACUUGUUUUUUGUAUGAUCCA